AUGUCCAGUUUGCAAAGAGUAAUACCCCAGGAGGGUACCCGCCAAGCGGGAGAAUCCCUCCGUACUACUGACUCGUCGGUAGUGCGCAGCCCCUCGUAUUCUGGGGGGGGCACAAACUGCACUGAGAUAAGGUCCGGGAAGGACGGCGUCAAAAAAGGAGCAGGGUCCGGGAAGGACAUAAGUAGGAAGAACGAGUCCGCGAAGGACGUAGUAGCUAUAGGGUUCGUUAAGGACAAUGAAGGGAGAUCGUCCGGAACCGCUCUCGUGUCGGACGAUAGCAUGGCCACAGCUGGGUCGGCCCAAUCGUCGGCCCGCUCUUCGCCGACACGCAGACAGCGAAAAAGAGUACUGACGAUCAGUAGUGACGAGCUUGGAAGCAGUUCCGGCUCUGACGGAGCCGCCUCAACUGGCAAAGGUGGUGUCAUGCCGCAAUCAAAGAGAGGGCGUGGUCGUCUGCCGACCACUGGUCUGACUGCGGACAAACAGACGUGUCUUAAAACUCAGCGCUCUGAGAUAAAGGCCACCGGUAGCAUGAGUAGUAUGCGCGAAGUAAGAAGCGCAAAAGCCACGGAAGGGAGCCCUAAAAAGGAUCCUGAGUGUCGUCUGAAGGAGAGUGCCGCGAUGGCCCUGAAGGUAUGCAGUAAGCCCGGCAACCUGAAGAGUACGUAUCAACGUGCCCUAAAGGAAUUGGCGGUGACAAUAAUGGAGGUCACAGAAGAGCUGGCGAACCGUCCCGCGGCCCAAGAGACGGAAAGGCUGCAAGCGGUAAACGCCGGUCAGCAGGAGGAGAUUUUACAGCUCCGACAGGAGCUGCAGGAGGUACGCAAGGAGCUGGCACGCAUCUCACGGGCUUUGACGUUGUCCAACCCAGUCGAAACCCCAGCCCCAGCUUCAACCACCACGACAGAGGACCAGGAGGAGCUACGUGUCCAACGCAUUAUGCGUGCCGUCGGCACCAUGGUUGACGCUCGCUUUGCGAGUCUAGAGAUGCGGCUGCCCCCGGAGCCUCGCAUCAGGCCACCCCUGGCGGCGGAUAGACGGAAGACCUGUGAGAAAUCGCCAGACCCUCCUCUCAUCGUUGAUGCUACGCUGGAAUCAACAUCGGUACAAGCAGCAUUGCCGCCCUCCGCGAAUAAGAAGACACAAGGCCCUAGACGCAAGACCACGGUGCUAGCACCCCUGUCCGAACUGGGUGCCUUCCCUCCGGCUCCAGUUGUUUUAACCGAAAGCUGGUCCACGGUCACCCGUAGGGGUGCUAAGUCAAGGGGGGAGGCCGUGAGAACAGUCGCAGCUUUUCCACCGGAGGAGAAAGCACCGUCUUCAAAGAAGAGGACGAAGAAGCGGCUUCGAGCUCCGCGUUCUCAGGCUGUGGUAUUAAAACUACAGCCAGAAGCCGCAAGCUGCGGCCUUACAUAUCGGUCCGUCCUUGCGGAAGCGAGGGCAAAGAUCGACCUAGAAUCGUUAGGCAUCCCGGUCCAGAGGAUUCGGUCCUCUUUAACCGGUGCCAAGGUCCUGGUGGUAGAUGGAGGCGAUCAAGUGGAGAAGGCCGAUCUCCUGGCGAAUAGGCUGAAAGAAAUUCUGCCCGCAGAGGGCGUCGAGAUCUCCAGGCCAUCGGUGACUGCAGCGAUGCGCAUCAGUGGCCUCGAAGACUCGGUGUCGCGUGAGGAGAUCGCCGAUAAGCUCGCCAAAAUCGGGGGGUGCCCGCCUGAGAGUAUCAAGGUCGGGGAAAUAAAGUCCGGUCCAGGCGGGAUGGGCCAAGUCUUAGUUCGAUGCCCGGUCUCAACAGCUGCGAAAAUCGCAGCAGUCCCCAAGCUGAGGAUUGGCUGGAGCGUACUCCGCGCUCAUUUGUUGGAGGCCAGGAGGCUGCAGUGCUUUCGGUGCCACGAGCUGGGCCACGUGAGCGCACGUUGCCCGUCGUCAGUUGACCGCAGCCGGGAUUGCUACCGGUGCGGCCAGGCCGGUCACGUGGCCUCUGGCUGCUCGCUGGCGCCGCACUGCACCGUUUGUGUCUCUGCUGGCAGACCGGCGGACCACGUCUCCGGGGGCAAGGCUUGCGCCAAGCCCCCGAGACAGAGACAACGACGGCAGGAUUUCGCCACGCUUGAGAGCGCGCGGAGUCGGCCCGGGCUCAAGACCUUUUGUUUCAGAGCAUGGUGGAGGGAGCCAUACCGGGUCCUUACGGGUCCCGAUUGGGCAGCUGACCUUGACGGCCGGGUUGCCAUUAUUCGUCGUAGUUGUGUGGGCGCUCCGCCCGAGUUCGCCGUCGUUGAGAGGGGUCGCAGCUUCGUCGCCGUCCUCUGGGCCGAAAUGAUCGUGGUGGGAGUAUACUUCUCCCCCAACAGGACACUUGCUGAGUUUGAAGGCCUCCUCCUUGAGCUCAGCCGCGUCACUAGGAGGUCGCACUCCCGGCAGAUGCUUGUUCUCGGGGACCUCAAUGCCAAAUCAUCGGCUUGGGGUUCCUCGAGGACGUGCCCCAGAGGAAGGGCGCUGGAGGAGUGGCUGGUCGAAAGCGGUCUCGUCAUACUCAACCGCGGCACGGAAUUCACAUGCGUGAGACGUUUAGGCGGGUCCGUGGUGGAUGUCACGUUCGCAUCGCCGGACGUCGCGUGUCGCAUCCGCGGUUGGGCGGUGAUGGUUGGUGAGGAGACGCUUUCCGACCACCGCUACAUACGUUUCAGCAUCGUUGUGACCCCAGGAGCGGUGUCAACGUCUUCAUUCUUCGGUGGAGGCGCGGAGGGUCCUCGUUGGGCCCAGAAGCGCCUAGAUGUCGAGCGGCUUCACGAGGCGGCUGUCGUCCAGGCGUGGCGCCUCGACUCACUUGGCGAGCCGAUGGACGUACGCGUGGGGGCGGAGCGUAUGCGCGAGGCCAUGUCGCGGGUGUGUGAUGCCGCCAUGCCCCGCAUCAGAGCUCUCGCCUCUAAGCGCCGCGUGUAUUGGUGGACUGAGGAAAUCGCCAACCUGCGCCAGUCGUGCAACGUCAGUCGUCGUGCGUACCAACGGAGCCGACGUCGAAGGAUGCAUCGAGACCCGGAGGAGCAAGACCGCCUUUACGUAGUGUACAGGACAGCGGUGAGGGCCCUUUGCGUGGCCAUCAGAAUGGCAAAGGAAGCCGCCUGGAACGAUCUACUCGCCUCGCUCGAUCGAGAUCCAUGGGGGCGGCCCUACAGGCUGGCGCGCAAUGCGCUUCGACCUUGGGCUCCCCCUACGACCAGCACACUGCCGCCCGAGACUUUGCACCGGGUGGUCGGGGGUCUAUUUCCGGUCUCAUCCGAAACGGCUUUCAUCCCUCCUGUAAUGGCAGCGGUGCAGGUCGCUGACGGCGGAGAGCUGGAAGGUGUGUCCCAGGCGGAAUUCAAGGCGGUGGUGGCGAAGAUGCGCUCGAAGCGCACGGCGCCCGGCCCUGACGGUCUGUCGAGCAGGGAAUGGGCUCUGGCCCUAACUGAAGAUGGUUUGGGACCUGCACUUCGAAGGCUUUUUAGCAAGUGCCUCCGAGAGGGCAGGUUCCCGGAGCCGUGGCGUACGGGCCGGCUGGUGCUCAUCCCAAAGGACGGUCGCCCUAGAGAUGAGCCCUCCGGGUAUCGCCCGAUAGUCGUGUUGGACGAGGCCGGUAAGCUCCUUGAGCGUAUCGUUGCCGAGCGUCUUGUUCAGCACCUGGAGAAUAUUGGGCCGAAUCUAGCGUCCAACCAAUUUGGCUUCCGGAGAGGUCGGUCGACCGUGGACGCGGUCUUGCGCGUCCGUGACCUUACCGACCAGGCGUGCUCUGGGGGGGGCGUGCUAUUGGCUGUGUCAAUCGAUAUAGCCAACGCCUUCAACACGAUCCCCUGGAGUACGAUCAUGGAGUCAUUACGAUUUCACCGCGUGCCCACCGGUCUCCGCAAUCUGAUCGAAGAUUAUCUCUCAGGGCGGGCUCCGAAGCUCAAGUAUUUGGGCCUUGUGUUGGACAGUAAAUGGAGAUUCGACCACCAUUUCAAAAUGCUGGUUCCAAGGCUGAUGGGGACGGCGGGUGCGCUGACCCGUCUUCUUCCCAACACCGGUGGAUGCAGCGCCGGUAUCCGGCGACUGUACCUGGGGGUGGUGCGCAGUAUGGCCCUGUACGGUGCUCCCGAGGCUAACUCAUUUCUAAAUCACAAAUCUCUUGAUGAUAAUAAAUAUAAAGCUUUUAUUCCGGCCUUCACUAUCACCCGCAUGGGAAUAGUGAGAGGUGUUCCAUGUGACUGGGACGAGAAAGAUGUUAUAGAAAAUAUAGAGCUUCCGCAGAACUGUGGAAGCAUUCUGAAAGUUAGGAGACUAAAUAGAAAGGUUUAUGACGGCGAGACACCCAAGUUUGUUCCAACUGAGACCGUAGUUUUGACCUUUGAUGGGAAGGUGUUACCUCCCAGGGUCUUUAUGUGUUUUAACUCCCUACCUGUAGAGCUUUAUAUUUACCCCACGCUGCAAUGCUUUAAUUGCUGCCGUUUUGGUCACACCAAAAUGCAAUGCAGAGGCACUCCAAGGUGUUACAAAUGUGGUGACAAUCAUUCAGGUAUAAGUUGCGAGACGGAAAGAGAUGAUGCUGUGUGUAUUUUAUGUUCUGGUUCCCAUUUCGCAACAGACAAAAAAUGCCCGGAGUAUGCUAGGCAGAAAGCUAUAAAAGAAACAAUGGCUAGAAACUCUAUAUCCUAUUCAGAAGCAAGUAAAGUCUAUCCACCAGUUUCAAAAUCUUAUGCUGACAUUGUUGCUUCUGCUUCAUCAGCCCCUUCGGGUCCAACUAUGACUUAUUCAAGCCCCUAUAAUUUAACAAGCCCUUUUAAGAGUCCGACUCAAUCAUAUAAGAAAACAGUAUUCUUGAAACCCAAAGCUCGUCCCAGAAAUUCUAGUAAGGGAUAUGAUCAAAAAGCGCAUGCAGAGCUUAUCCAAGAUUACAGCAACAUUCCUUCCUUUUCUACAGUUACAAACCAUUUGCAGUCUCUCUUCAAGAGACUUGGCUUCGUCCUGGAUUCAAUUUUAGAAUUCCAGGACAUGUCUGUCUUAGAGAAGACAGAACAGAUGGGUAUGGUGGAGUGGCACUAA